UCCUGGUUCUGCUGCCACAUCCAUAUGAGAGUUUUGGAAAAAUCAGUCUUCCAUAGACGGCUAUGGCAUCUCUGUAACAGCUGGGAUUUCACCAUUUUACAGUGGAGCAGUGACAAUGUUUGUUCAGUGCUUUCUUUCUCAUCAUAUGAACAGUUACUGCUGAAAACUGUGUUCAUCACACGGCUUGAUGCAGGACCUUAAGCAGAGGAUGGAAUAAUGAGCUUUGGAUUAUUUCUACUGACUUAAACCUUAAAAUUCUUUAGAGUAUUGCAUCCUCUUGAACUUACCAUAGCAACUGGUUAUAGCCUCACCGAACACAAAAGAACAAGGAGCAAGAGCUAGCAGACAAAAGGUGGCACAUCAACGGCAGGAGAAACUUGAAAAAAAUGAGCAAGGUGUAGGGACCAGGAGCAAGCAAGAGAGACCGUGACAAGACUGACACAAAUUCAGCAUGCCGUUUGGAGGAUUCAGUGGUCUGAAGGAGAAGGUGUUCAAGCCUGGAAAAGAAGGGGUUAAGAAUACCGUGGGGGACUCCCUGGGACAUCUCCAAAAGACUAUUGAUGGCUCCAAUGUAGAGGAAGAUCACAUUGAACUGACAGAAGAUGGCAGGCCUGUGGAGACUCCAGUCCAGACUCCUCCCCUGUGUGACUGUUACUGUUGCGGGCUGCCCAAGCGAUACCUCAUUGCCGUAAUGAGUGGUCUGGGCUUCUGUAUUUCAUUCGGCAUCCGGUGUAACCUGGGCGUGGCUAUAGUGGAGAUGGUCAAUAACAACACUGUUUAUAUCAAUGGAACAGAAGUGAUGAGGCCUGCACAGUUUAACUGGGAUCCAGAAACAGUGGGUCUGAUUCAUGGCUCUUUUUUCUGGGGCUAUAUUGUGACACAGAUCCCGGGAGGCUUCAUUUCUAACAAAUUGGCUGCUAAUAGGGUAUUUGGAGCUGCCAUUUUUUUGACCUCAAUGCUUAAUAUGCUUAUUCCGUCUGCAGCAAGAGUUCAUUAUGGCUGCGUUAUGUUAGUGAGAAUACUCCAAGGCCUUGUAGAGGGAGUUACCUACCCAGCAUGCCAUGGAAUGUGGAGCAAAUGGGCACCCCCUCUGGAACGCAGCAGGCUGGUAACCACUUCUUUCUGUGGGUCUUAUGCAGGGGCUGUGAUAGCCAUGCCAUUAGCAGGAAUACUAGUGCAAUACAUUGGAUGGAGUUCUGUUUUUUAUGUCUAUGGUGGUUUUGGCAUGAUUUGGUACAUAUUUUGGCUACUGCAUGCAUAUAAAAGUCCAGCGGUACAUCCAACCAUAACAGAAGAAGAAAGGACGUACAUUGAGACCAGUAUAGGUGAAAAUGCCAACUUACUGAAUGCUACAGAGAAAUUCAAGACACCUUGGAAGCGGUUCUUUACAUCAAUGCCUGUAUAUGCGAUUAUUGUGGCAAACUUUUGCAGAAGUUGGACGUUCUAUCUCCUGUUGAUAAGUCAACCAGCAUAUUUUGAAGAAGUUUUUGGGUUUGCAAUUAGUAAGGUUGGAAUUCUUUCUGCUGUUCCCCAUAUGGUGAUGACAAUCAUUGUCCCUAUUGGGGGUCAGCUAGCAGAUUACUUAAGGAGUCGAAAGAUUCUAUCCACUACAACAGUUCGAAAAAUCAUGAACUGUGGAGGUUUUGGAAUGGAAGCUACUUUACUUCUUGUGGUUGGCUAUUCUCAUACAAGAGCAGUUGCUAUUUCUUUCUUAAUUCUUGCUGUUGGCUUCAGUGGAUUUGCAAUUUCAGGAUUUAAUGUAAAUCACUUGGACAUUGCUCCUCGAUACGCCAGUAUACUGAUGGGCAUCUCCAAUGGUGUUGGAACUUUAUCAGGAAUGGUCUGUCCUCUGAUAGUUGGUGCUAUGACCAAGCACAAGACCCGUGAAGAAUGGCAGCAUGUCUUUGUAAUUGCUUCUGCUGUGCACUACACUGGUGUGGUCUUCUAUGCUAUAUUCGCCUCAGGAGAGAAACAAGACUGGGCCGACCCAGAAGACACCAGUGAAGACAAAGCUGGAAUCAUUGAUCAAGAUGAACUGGCUGAGGAAACUGAGCUUAAUAAUGAAAGUUUUGCCAGCCCAAAGAAAAAGAUGUCCUAUGGGGCUACAACCCACAACCAAAGCAGCCGCAAGCAAAACUGGAAGAAGAAGAAAGGGGUCACUGUGGACCAAACAGACGAGGAGCAGGCCCCUUAUUACUAUGACAAUGGCAGCUAUCAGGAUACAUCAUAAUGAUGCAGAAGCACUUACCCUUGAAAGGGGAUCUCAUGUGUUAGAGGGUCCAUGAAUAUUGCGAAUGUGGGGAACAAGCGGGACCAUUCUAGUGCAUAAUGAGCCAUCAGCUCUUAGCUUUUCUAAAGAAAAUAUUCUGAAGAAGGAUAUUCUAUUUAUUAUUUAUGAAUGUUCUUGAUAAAAAAAAUCUUAAGGGACCAUUUACAAAUAUAUUUACUAUAGUCUCCUUUAUUUUACUCCUGUUGCAUUGUAAUCGGUGCUAUACAUCUUUUCUAACAUAAAAUAAAAAGCCAAGGGAAAAUGAAACCACGAAAACUGUUAAAUAAUAAUUUUAAACAAAAGCAACCUCAUGUUCCUUUCAAUACAGCAGGGAAGGUGAUGUUUUAAGUAGCGUAAGAUUAGGAUUUGUUAUUCUUUUUCUCUUAACUAAACUUUACUUUUGUGAUGUGAAAUUUGAAGAUCUAUCUGAAGUAAUUAGCUAUGAUAAAAUAGCAAAACAUUUUUACAAAUUCUCAAUUUUUAUAGAUGACUUGAAAGAGUUAUAAGGAGUAUCUGCAGUGUGUUAGCGCCGCAUAAAAUGCUGGCAGAAGCCUUUUCACCAUCCAAUGGUAGAAUCUACAACUGUAAUGAAGGGAGCUCACGUUACACGUUGGGUAGCGCUGCAGUUUUACCAACCUACCUAAUUUUUGCUUUUAAGAUUAUUUUUAUCUGAGGCAGGCACUUUAUAAUUUACUAGGAAGAAAUGCACUUUGGUGUGUUGAGGUAAAACUGGUAAUGUUUUUUGUGAUUUUAAUUUUAAAUAAAAGCUUAUCUGUUCACGUUUCAA